GUACCUUGUUAUUCACACGUCGUCCACCACACACACCGCGUGUUCUCUUUGCAUACGCCACCUACUCGAGUGUUGCUGUGCCACUGUCUUAUCGACCUCUCAUGUCACAGCCUGUGCCGGUGGAUUUCCUGACGUGUCCCAGUCAGGACAUGCGGGACGCAUUGGCUACGGUUGGCACGUUAAUCUCGGAAAUCGGGCUAAACACCACCUAUAUGCUACAAACCGUUCUGCCCGAGGUCGCACUGUUCGGUGUUUUCUCGCUCUUGAUCGUUUUGUCUACAUUCAUCCUCCUGCACAAUGGCUUAAAGCGGAUUUCCCGCGUCGUUGUGGCAUUUAUAUGUAUGCUCAUGUACGCGAUGGCAGCCGCACACAUGGCCAUUUCAGUGCGAUAUGCUUUUCGCGACGCCACGGCCUCGACAUCGAUACAGACUAUUGCCUCUCAGUGUGUCAACGAGCUGGCGGACGGGGGAAGCUGCAGUACAGAUCUCAGCAUGCCCACUGAUGGUGUGCUCGCUGUCGGUGUCGUGGCGAUGUCGUCUUCCUGCACGACAACCGCUCUCUUGAUCGUCAAUAUCAUACUCAGCGACUGCAUCGUCCUGUGGAGGGCCUGGGUCUUGUGGUCCAAGCGUCGCCUUCUCACUGCCAUAUCGGUCGUCCUAGUCUCGUCUACACUUGUCAUGUCGUCGCUGAAUGUCCGCAACAGCUGUCAGAUAGGUUACACUACGGGAAAUGAGUUUACCAACGAUGUUUACGGCCUUGCUGCUUUUGUUCUGUCGCUGCUGACGAACAUCUGGGCGACGUCUCUAAUUUCAUACAAGGCAUGGCGGCAUCGUAAUUCUGUGAGACGCGCAUUCAAGGGCGGGAGUGCAGGUACUCGUAGCGCCAAGAUACUCAUGCUCUUUGUGGAUUCUGGGCUGCUGUACUGCGGGCUGUGGAUACUUCUAGUUGCCUAUAUUGUUGUUACGAAAUAUGGCAUCUCAGGGCUCAUCCGGGUGCGCUUUAUACGGGACAUGGAAAAUGCAGUCAGCUCAGUCCUCAUUGACAUCAUCGGAAUGUACCCAACAACCCUCGUUCUUCUCGUCUUUCUGACAGAUUUCACCCUGGAGGGCGCCACAAAAGUCAAAAGCAUACCCGUCCAACUGCCGGCACCAAAUCGAGCCAGCAUCAUCACACGAUCCAACCCCGUGUUCCACUCAACAGCGACGGUGAUGACCGAGGACGGAGAUCCAUACACCCAGAGUGUCAUUGCCAUCCUCGGCAAUGAGAGUUCCGCAGACGAUGAAUCUGACAUACUUGAAAACAAAGAUCAUGCAUUGGUCGUUUAACGUGCAACGCACUCGAUGAAUCUGUCGAUACGUUGCCGGCUUGGUUUCAUUGUAGGCCGGACUCGCUGCUACUAGUGUGUCAUGUGACGACAUGGUUGCCUUGAAAUACUUCGCUUGUUUAAUCUAUGCAUCCAGUAUUUAUGUAUGAUUGAUUAGCAUGUCAGAGUUUGUACUGUUUUGGAGUCUAUAUAACAGCUAAUGAAGCCGC